GGAAGGGUUUGGGGAAAAUCAGCUCCUGAUAGGUUUGAUCUCUCCCACACAUAUUUUGGUUUGUUCAUCCCUUUUUCCAUUCCUCUCUCUGAGAUUUCCUUUCUUUCUGGUACAGGGAGUGACCUAUGUCUGGAUUCUUUUUGUCUCCCAUUCAGGUGAUGGGAUGGUGAGUGAGAAUGAGGAGAAACCCCAGCAGGAAGAUGCUGAGCAAGUGGAACCACAUGGAACGUUAUCAGGAAGAUCCAAAGGGAAUGUUUCCAGGAGUUGUGCACUCCGAGAAAAAGCAAAAGCCUGUGAGACGCAGGAGAGGCCAGAGGAAAACUUCAGUAGCCACUCAGACCUUAUAAUACAUGACAGAAUCAACUUGGAAGAGACAUGCUACACGCGCUCUGAGUGCGGGAAAAGCUUCAAUCACAGCUCUGCCCUGAGAAGACAUAGGAGAAUCCACAAAGGAGAGACGCCCUACACAUGCUCAGAGUGCGGGAAAAGCUUCAAUCGGAGCUCAGUCCUUAUCAGACAUCAGAGAAUACACACAGGAGAGAAGCCCUACACAUGCUCUGAGUGCGGGAAAAGCUUCGGGCUGAGCUCACACCUUAUCAUACAUAGGAGAAUCCACACAGGUGAAAAACCGUAUGGAUGCUCUGAGUGUGGGAAAAGCUUCAAUCAGAGCUCUGCCCUGAGCAGACAUAGGAGAAUGCACACAGGAGAGAGGCCCUACACAUGCUCUGAGUGCAGGAAAAGCUUCAGUUCAAGCUUCCACCUUAUCACACAUCAGAGAAUCCACACAGGAGAGAUGCCCUACACAUGCUCUGAGUGCGGGAAAAGCUUCAAUCAGAGC